AUGGAAUAUACACAUCAAUCUUUAUGGAUCAUACCUUUCAUUCCACUUCCAGUUCCUAUGUUGAUAGGGGCGGGACUUCUAUUUUUUCCCACAGCAACAAAAAAUCUUCGACGUAGGUGGGCUUUUCUCAGUAUUUUAUUGUUAGGUAUAGUUAUGCUUUUUUCCGUCGCGCUGUCGAUCGAUCAAAUCAAUAACAAUAAGAGUUUCAUCUAUCAAUAUGUGUGGUCUUGGACUAUAAAUAAUGAUCUUUCUUUAGAAUUUGGUUACUUGAUCGAUUCACUUACCCUUAUUAUGUUAAUAUUAAUCACUACUGUUGGCAUUUUGGUUCUUAUUUAUAGUGAUAAUUAUAUGUCUCACGAUCAAGGAUAUUUGAGAUUUUUUGCUUAUAUGAGUUUUUUUAAUGCUUCAAUGUUGGGAUUAGUUACUAGUUCGAAUUUGAUCCAAAUUUAUAUCUUUUGGGAAUUAGUUGGAAUGUGUUCUUAUCUAUUAAUAGGUUUUUGGUUUACACGUCCUAUUGCAGCAAAUGCUUGUCAAAAGGCAUUUGUAACUAAUCGUGUAGGGGAUUUUGGUUUAUUAUUAGGUAUUUUAGGUCUUUAUUGGAUAACGGGUAGUUUGGAAUUUCGGGAUUUGUUUCAAAUAUUCAAUAACUUGAUUUUUAAUAAUUAUCUUAAUGUUUUUUUUGUUUCUUUGUGUGCCCUAUUGUUAUUUUGCGGUUCCGUAGCUAAAUCUGCCCAAUUUCCCCUUCAUGUAUGGUUACCGGAUGCUAUGGAGGGGCCUACUCCAAUUUCUGCUCUUAUACAUGCUGCUACUAUGGUAGCGGCGGGAAUUUUUCUUGUAGCUAGACUUCUUCCUCUUUUCAUAGCUAUACCUACCAUAAUGAAUGGAAUAGCUUUCAUUGGUAUAAUAACAUUAUUUUUUGGAGCUACUUUAGCUAUUGCUCAAAAAGAUAUUAAGAGAAAUUUGGCCUAUUCUACAAUGUCUCAAUUGGGUUAUAUGAUGUUAGCUCUAGGUAUGGGAUCUUCCCGAGCUGCUCUAUUUCAUUUAAUUACUCAUGCUUAUUCAAAAGCAUUGUUGUUCUUAGGAUCUGGAUCAAUUAUUCAUUCAAUGGAAACUAUUGUUGGAUAUUCUCCAGAAAAAAGUCAAAAUAUGGUUCUUAUGGGCGGGUUAACAAAACAUACGCCAAUUACAAAAACAGCUUUUUUAAUAGGUACGCUCUCUCUUUGUGGUAUUCCACCCUUUGCUUGUUUUUGGUCCAAAGAUCUGAUUCUUAAUGAUAGUUGGUUGUAUUCGCCAAUUUUUUCAAUAUUAGCUUAUUUUACAGCUGGAUUAACCGCAUUUUAUAUGUUUCGCAUCUAUUUACUUGUUUUUGAAGGAUAUUUCAAUGUUCAUUUUCAAAAUAUCAAUGGCAAAAAAAAGAAUUCAUUAUAUUCAAUAUCUUUGUGGGGUAAAGAAAGAAAACAAAACGUAAAAAAAAAAAUUUAUUUAAUAGAUUUAUUAACAUUAAUAAAUAAUGACCAGAAAUUUCUUUUUUUUAACAAGAGGGCAUAUUUCCAUAGAAUUAAUCAAAAUGUCAAAAGCAUAACACGUCUUCUUAUUGAUACUACUCAUUUUGAUACUAAAAACCCUUCUCCUUUCUAUCCUCAUGAAUCCACCAAUACUAUGCUUUUUUCUAUGUUUAUAUUAGUAUUAUUUACUUUGUUGGUUGGAGUAAUAGGAAUCUCUUUUAGCCAAGAAGGAACAAAUUUGGAUAUAUUAUCCAAAUUGUUAAUCCCUUCUAUAGACCUGUUGCAUCAAAAUUUUCCAAAUUCUUUCGAUUGGUUUGAAUUUUUAACAAAUGCAACUUUUUCGGUGAGUCUGUCUUUUUUCGGAAUAUUUAUAGCGUCUUUUAUCUAUAAGCCCGUUUAUUCGGCUUUACAAAAUUUGAACUUAAAAAAUAUAUUUGAAAAAAAUGUUCGUAAAACAAAAAUUCUAGAAAAGAUAAUCAAUGCCAUAUAUGAUUGGUCAUCUAAUCGUGGUUAUCUGGAUGCUUUUUUUGGAAGUUUUUUCAUUACAAAUGUAAGAAAAUUAGCUAAAAUAAAUCAUUUUAUUGAUAGACAAGUAAUUGAUGCAAUUCCAAAUGGAAUUGGUAUCUUAAGUUUUUUUAUGGGAGAGGCUAUAAAAUAUAUUGGGGGUGGACGAAUUUCUUCAUAUAUAUAUAUAUUAUUAUCUUUUUUAUUCAUUCUUUUAGUAAUUUGCUCUCUUUUUUUAUUUUUUUACUAA